GCAUCAUCUGGAUCUAGAACUAUGGUUAUUAUCGAGAUUGGACGGCAGAUGGCCCCAUGGUGUAGCAAGGAUCAUACGUCCCUCUAUAAAUGCAAUACCAAAGAGAGAGAAAGAGAGAGCGGGGUUCACUUCGAACUCCAAACAGAGAGAGAGAGAGAGGGGGGGGGUUAACAGUUGGAACUGCGAAUAGAGGGAGGACCCUCUAAUAAAAAAAUGUGGGUUGAUGGGUUUCUUUGUAUGGCAGUAGUCAUUGGAUACUCAAUGUUUUUGGCCGGAAUUUGUGCCGGAAAAUCACCGGAGAGAUCAGAAUUCCCACCGGAUUUUUUAUUUGGGGUGGGAUCUUCAGCUUAUCAGGUGGAGGGAGCUUUUCUAGAUGGCGGAAAAGGACCGAGCAUAUGGGAUACUUUCACCCAUGAAUUCCCUGAGAAGAUAGCUGAUAGGAGCGAUGGGGAUGUAUCAGUGGAUUUCUAUAAACGUUAUAAGGAGGAUAUAAGGAGGGUUAAAGAGAUGGGUUUGGAUGUGUACAGGUUCUCUCUCUCCUGGCCUAGGAUUCUACCAAGAGGGAAUUUGAGAGGAGGAGUAAACAUGGAGGCCAUCAAGCACUACAACAACCUCAUAAAUGAGUUGAUCCUUCAUGGAAUCAAGCCUUUCGUGACAUUGUUCCAUUGGGACGUACCCCAAGCCCUCGAGGAUGACUAUGGAGGAUUCUUGAGUUCUAAGAUUGUGGAUGACUUUCGAGACUACUGUGAUAUUUGCUUUAGAGAGUUUGGAGACAGAGUGAAACAUUGGAUCACAAUAAAUGAGGGAUGGACUAUUAGUGUAUUGGGGUACGAUGAUGGUAUAUAUGCACCAGGGCGUUGUUCAAUAGGGGUGGGAAAUUGCAGUGAGGGGAAUUCAGCAAUAGAGCCAUACCAAGUUGCCCAUAACCUCAUCCUUUCUCAUGCCAAUGCUGUCCAACUCUACAGAAACAAUUACAAAAAAGCACAAGAUGGGGUGCUGGGGAUGAGUAUUUAUGGCGAUUGGAUGGUGCCCCUUACUAACUCCACCGAUGAUCAACAUGCUGUCAUUAGAGGACUACACUUCAUGUUUGGCUGGUUUUUGGAGCCAGCGAGUCGGGGAGAUUAUCCAGCAGUAAUGAGAGAAUACGUGGGAAAUCGAUUGCCCAAUUUCAGCAAAGAGGAAAAGGAGAUUGUAAACGGGUCCUAUGACUUCAUUGGCAUCAAUUACUAUACAGCUUCUUAUGCCUUUGAUCUUCAAUCUCUCCACCCUACACCACCAAUUGACUACUUUAUGGACACACAUGUUGGUUUCACGGGCUUUGUAGCUGAGAAGAAUGGGGUUCCUAUUGGUCCAAAGGCGAAUUCUACAUGGAUAUAUGUGUACCCUCAAGGCCUCAAAGAGGCGUUGGUGCAUAUGAAGAAUACUUAUAACAACCCCAUCAUCUACAUCACUGAGAAUGGAGUAAAUGAACAAAACAUGGAAUUGCCUCUCGACGAAUGCCUGAAUGACACGUGGAGAGUGAACUACCAACGGGAGCACUUAUCGUCUGUCCUAGAGGCUAUCAGGGAUGGAGUGAGGGUGAAGGGUUAUUUUAUGUGGUCUCACCUUGACAGUUUUGAAUGGCAAGACGGGUACACAUCUCGGUUUGGAUUUUACUAUGUCGAUUUCAAGAACAACCUCACCAGAUAUCCUAAGCUUUCAGCCCACUGGGUCUCCAGCUUUCUUCUUGGAGUAAAAAACCCAAACCCUAAAUAUGAGGAGCAUGGGCUGAGACACCAUGUAAUUUGAACUAAGAUUUUUUUUUUACUGUUGUUUAAUGAUGUAUUAGUAAUGGACCUAAUUUGCUCCCUAUUUCUAUUACAUCUUCCUUUUUUUCAUUUUUUAUUAUUCAAUUUUUGUCUUUGUGAUCAA